AUGGCAUGCCUUAUCAUGACAGUGGACUUUGUUCCGGACAAGCGGCAGCCUGCGUGCCAAACGGGAAGAAAGAAGUGCCUGACGGCUGCGACUGCGGGAGGUCAUCCGAUGGAUAUGCCUUCUGGAAAGAAAGACUAUGCGGCGACCCGCACGUCGACUGCCAACUGCGAACUGCUAACCAUCUACCUCGACCUGCGGUGGAGGAGAUACAUGAUCCAUGAGUCUUUUUUUUUUUUUUUUGUGAUUCGAUACAAGUCCCUAGGAACUUUGAAUCCAAAUCCCCCCAUCUGGAAGACUUUGAGUUCUGGUCUCGGUUGCGGGCAGAAGACCCGUGAAUUGGAAAGCAGUCCUCGAUCGCCUCCCGAAACUCGAUUUCCAACAAUAUCCUACAUCUCCAAGGGCGACCUAAGCCCAUCUUACCUCCAGUCUCAGGUGAUUGUCAAGACGGCCGCCUAUUCUGGAGAGACGGUGGUGGCGUUGGAAUCGGGCCGCUGCUUCAAUUCAUUGACUCCCCAGACUUGGGCUACAUUCAACCAUGUCCAGUGGUCCACAGUGCCAGCGCAUGGUUUCCUCCAGCCGGGAAUCCAUGAGAGUCGUAGUCUCUGUUCGAUGCGGCUACCAUUCAGCGUUCCCACUUGCUUUUGGAUUGUGUCACCCGUCACCACCACCACUACCACCAUCCACCAGGCGAAUAGCAGCAUGAUCUGUGCAGGGAACUCUCCCCCUGUCUUUCUCAUCCUCCCUCAAACCAAGGCCAAUGGUUCAUUUGCGUCCGACUGGUUGAAACUCCAGCCUCAGGCCGCUAGUCUAGCAGCACCAAAUACUGAGCCUCGGCCUAAUGAUAAUGUCGGGUCGCCUUGCAGGGACGAUCCGAUGUGGUUAGCAUGGGGUCCAAGGUUUGAAGGUAUAGGCCGCAAAUCAGUCCAAGUCUCCAAGCCUCCGGAGUCACUCAUCACUCAUCACCCACAGCCGAGAUCAACACCUGUUCAUCUCAACGGCCCAGAAAUAGAGGGUGGGGGUGGCUCACCUCCCGCCCGUGACGAUUCCUUGACUCUUCAGCGAACGCGACGAUCCAGUCUACCUGAUCCAAGUGAGCUUCUCCUCCACAUGUAG